GAAUUGUAGAUCAUAUGCUGGGCUUGAUGGCACGAUGUGCUGGCAGCAAGGGCAAUGAAUGUGAGAGCCUCCACAAGCUGAUACACAACAACGGGAAAGCCUUGCCUGUUACGGUGGGUACAGUCGAUACAAGGGUUCUAGUCUUGACUGGAAAGCCACGGGUCGAGACGGUUGGAUGGCCAGUGCUGUUUCUGUCAGCAUGGGCCCAGCAACUUUUCAGUACUGGUGGGAAGGUUCUGCUUGGAGGCCAUACCCUCGACAAUCCCCGAAGGUUCCGUAAAAUGUUCACAACAUUUUGGGACCGGUUUCAACACGUGCGACCUGAUCUGGACAUUUAUCGUCGUACUGAUCGUGACAUGGGGAUGUGUAUCCCCAUAGCUCUUCAUGGUGAUGAAGGCCGAGGCAAGCUUCGUCGCCCAGUGAUGGUAUUGUCGUUCCAACCCAUCAUCAGCCACAAAGGGCCCCAUUUCAUCAACAGCAGUGGGCACAGCUUCACCACGCGCUUGCUGUACACGCUGAUCCCGUCCCAGGUGUACUACAAGAGACACACUCUUGAUAUGCUGCAUCAAGGGAUGGUGGAUGACAUGCUAGCAUUGUACAACGAUGGCUUCACCGUUGAAUGGAAAGCCCACAGCUAUAAGUUCUACUUCAUACCGGUCUAUCUAAAAGGCGAUUGGCCGUAUAUACGGUCAGCAGCACACCUCAUGACCGGCUUCAGCAGUAGAAAGAAAUGCCAUCUGUGCCCGGCUGCAGUCCUCAUCCCAUUUUCAGUAGCAUGUUCCGAAUCUUGCAAAUUCUAUAAAUUUAACUUACUAGCUAUAGGUAACCUAGAAGCUACAUCCGAUGCAGGAUUGGUACAACGUGGGGCCAACUUCCUCCACCAGAACAUUUCCAAGGGACGGAGAUCCUGGAGAUGUGUUUAA